UGUCAGCGCCGGUGGGGAUCUCAUCGUUACAGAGGAGAUCUUGUAACCAGGUAAACCCGUGAUAGCAGUAAACAACAGCAGCUGGAGGUAGGACGUCCUAAACAACACGACUACAUUUUUCACUCAUUUUAGACCAUACACUACAGUCAAUUUAGUACUUGUAAAUUAACAGAGAAUAAGUUAAACAUAACCAUGGCAAAGAUAUUCAUCCUCUCUUUUGUGACACUAACCAUCCUUGGCAGCCAUGCUAUUUCCCCAUUUGCUGGAUUCGGCAUUGCGCCAAUUUACCCAGGAAUUCCAAUUGCUAAAGGCUAUGUAAAAGGGCCGUUGACUCUAACUUGUGCUGUGAACUUCACCGAUCACUAUAAGCCUUCAUCGGGAAUCGUCAAUGCCAUUGCAGUUACUAUAAAAGAUAAGCAAGCAGGAUACGGCGGGAUGGGCCCCGCUUUGUUUCCCUUUCAACAAGGAGGUCUUUCAGCAUCAAUUGAUCUCUUCUCUUUGGUCGGCGGAUCCGUGUCUAUUGCCUUCACAGAGCGAGCUAGACCAGAGAGAGGCUGCUAUGCUGAAGAUUUCGGUACCUUUUACUCAGGGCAAUCUAGUUAUGGAGGAAUCGGCCUUGGACCAGUCGGCCUUGGAAUCGGCGGUGGUUACGGUCUCGGCGGUGGGUUCGGUUCUGGCUUAGGUGCUGGAUAUGGUGGAGGAUAUGGAUCUGGAUAUGGCUCUGGAUACGGUAUGGGUGGUUUGGGUGGUAUUGGCGGUUAUGGUGCUGGCUAUGGAGCCGGAGGUUACGGUGGAAUGGGAGGUUUCGCCGGAGUCGGAUCUCUUUACCCAGCUGCAGGAGCCGGGUACGGACAAGCUGCUUAUGAAGAUAAUGUUCCCGGUGUCAUCGCUAAAGUCAAACUCACGCCAGGCACAGCUUCAGAGAUCAACAUUGACAAUCUCAGAGGCUUCUCAAGUUUAAAGGAGCUGGCUGGACGUGGAGUUGUCGUGUGUCCUGACGCUGCCAUUGAGAACAAGUACGGAGAGGCUGUCUGUGAAGGUGGAAUCCUCUCAUGCUGUGCUCUUCACUACGACAGCGGGGAUCAAACUCUGUCAGUUAGUUACGGCUACUAAACAAGUUUCCAGAGUAGCUGCUAAAUCUCUCAACAUUCCUGUACCACCACAUACCCAAAGAUCUGGCUGUACCACAUCAGCGGUUGCAUACAACAAGGAACAAAAAUCAACAAGCUCGAAGCUACAUACUAGAUGUCGUUGCUAGGGACAACAAGAAAACCAAUUGUCGAGAAUAUUUUUGAACAUGUAAAAUUUAAUUAAAAGUAAUUUUAAAAAUA